CUGGCCUGUAGAGCGCCUGCGAGCGCAAACUUCUGCUAACUCUACUACUUUAGCCAAAUAUUAAAUCGCAGCAGCAUGCGAAAUAGCCAUGAAAAAACCUCUUUAUAUUUGUCGAUAUGAUUCCAGUGUACGUGGCGGAUGUGUCCGCUUGGCGUUGAGUUUUUGCUGAUUGCACGUAGCGCGAAAAACAAAACGGCCAGUCGGCUAGGUGAUUAGCGUGCAAGCGGCAAACUUUCAUCCGCCUUGUUGUUCACCUUUGUCGGGAGAAGUCGGAAACUUUACUCCGGGGAUUGGGCCUGCAACAAUAACAGACGGACUGAAGGAGUCGGGCUAUUAAGAGCUCAAGAUGUCGAUUCUGGGUCUUAAAAAGAAACAACCCAAGACUUUUAAAGUCAAAGUCAUCACCAUGGAUGCAGAGAUGGAGUUCAGCUGUGAGGUAAAAUGGAAAGGGAAGGACUUGUUCGAUCUGGUGUGCCGAACUAUCGGACUGAGGGAAACUUGGUUCUUUGGUCUCCGGUACACUGUGAAAGACACGUAUGCUUGGCUUAAGCCUGAAAAACGGGUUCUGGAUCAGGACGUACCGACGGACUCUCCAAUAACAUUUCACUUUCUGGCUAAAUUCUUCCCUGAAAAAGUUGAGGAGGAACUCGUUCAGGAAAUCACACAACACCUUUUCUUCUUACAAGUAAAGAAACAAAUACUAGAUGAGGAGAUCUUCUGCUCUCCAGAGGCCUCGGUCCUUCUGGCGUCAUAUGCUGUUCAAGCCAAGUACGGAGAUUAUGACCCAAAUUUCCACAAGCCAGGCUUCCUGGCCCAAGAUGAACUCUUACCUAAAAGGGUGCUGAUGCAGUAUCAGAUGACACCAGAGAUGUGGGAAGAGAAGAUCACAGCCUGGUACGCUGAGCACAGAAAUCUAGCAAGGGAUGAAGCUGAGAUGGAGUAUCUGAAAAUAGCACAGGAUCUCGACAUGUACGGCGUCAGCUAUUUUUCAAUCACGCAAAACAAAAGAGACAAGGAGCUCCUGCUCGGCGUCGACGCACAGGGACUUCAUAUCUACAGCCCCAAUAGCAAACUCAAUCCACAGAAGUCCUUCCCGUGGAGUGGAAUCCGCAACAUCUCCUACAGUGAGAAAGAGUUUACUAUUAAACCGCUGGACAAAAAGAAGGACGUCUUUAAAUUCUAUUCUUCACAACUGCGAGUAAAUAAGUUGAUCUUACAGCUGUGUAUUGGAAACCAUGACCUCUUCAUGAGGAGGAGGAAGGUGGACUCUAUUGAAGUGCAGCAGAUGAAGGCUCAAGCCAAAGAAGAGAAGGCUAGGAAGAAGAUGGAACGUCAGAUUCUAGCUCGGGAGAAGCAGCUGAGGGAGGAUGCCGAGCGGGCAAAAGAGGAGAUGGAGCGCCGGAUGUUUCAGCUUCAGGACGAGGCUCGUAUGGCUAAUGAAGCACUGCUGCGCUCUGAGGAGACGGCCGACCUGCUGGCGGAGAAAGCACAGAUUGCCGAGGAGGAGGCAAAGCUUCUGGCUCACAAAGCAGCCGAAGCCGAGCAAGAGAGACAGAGACUGGAGGUCACAGCUCUCAAGACCAAAGAGGAACACAGGCUAAUGGAGCAGAAGAUGAGGGAGGCGGAGCAGUUAGCUGUAAAGCUGGUGGAGCAGUCAGAGAGGAGGACAAAGGAGGCUGAUCAUCUAAAGCAGGAUCUGAACGAGGCCAAAGACGCAGAACGUAGAGCCAAGCAGAAGCUGCUAGAGAUCACCAAAACAACAUACCCCUUGAUAGCUGCAUAUUCUAAUCCUCCCCCCGCCCCCGGCCCUGACAGUUCGGAGAUGCAGCUGGACAUGGCCGCCUCGUACCGACUGGACUUCAAAGACUCAGACAUGAAGAGACUGUCCAUGGAGAUCGAACGUGAACGGCUCGAGUACAUGGAGAAGAGCAAGCACCUGCAGGAUCAGCUUAAAGAGCUGAAGUCAGAGAUCGAGUCUCUGAAGCUGGAGGAGCAGCAGCAGCAGGCGGGUCUUUACAGCCUGAGGGGCUACCCUGAACCACCUUACAUCCCCCACAGCAACAGAAACUCGGCCUACAUGACUCAGAUGGCGUUUUUCGAGGAGGUGUGAAUGGACAGAAAUCUGACAAGGAGGAUGGAGGUGAAGAAAUCAUCACUACAGCGUGCGACACUCAUCAGGGAUACCUAUGAUCUCGAGCACGGAUUAUCAAGCACACACUCCUGCACCAAACACUUCGGGGUGGGGGGGGGGUCAUUUUACUGACCGGUUUAAAAUCUCAGACUAAAAGUGCUAUGCAGAAAACAGCACCGGGUUUACUGUGUCGUCGUUAAGUGGAUGAACUUUCAAGCAAAAAUUUUGUUUUUUACAAUGCCAAAAAUCCUUUUUAUUAUUUCUUUCUUUCUUUUUAAAACCAUAUCCUAAAUUUUACAAAAAGAGCAAAGCAUUUUCUUCCCUUAUAUUUCACUAAGGUGCAGUACACCUGUUCAGUUUAAAGGGUUAAGUCUUUUCAUUUUAGAAAGAUUUCAUUGGUGCCACAUUUCCUGCUGGACUUCAGCUGAUGACCAGCGUGACCUCUUGCACUAGUGGUUAAUGCAGUGUGUGUUAGUAAUGCAGAGCUAAAUUAAGGAGUCUGUUCCAGUCUAACAGGCCUGAUGCUUUACCUUUCCGGCAGCUCGGUCUCCACUUACUCAAUUCACUCGGAGGUCACGGAGGUAAAAGAUUUAGCUGUAAACUUCUGCUGCAGUCCUGUCCUUUCAGAUCUCCUUGAACAGCUUUAUUUAUGGUUUUAUUUUCCAUAACUGAUCAGACAGAAUCAAGCCCUUAUAAUCUAGAAAAGUUCCAUAGACUAUACGUCAUAUCUUUUUCACUCCAGUGGGUGAAGCAGAGGGGUUUUUGUUUUGUUUUUCCCUGAAACAGCUCUUCUGUAAGGAAAAAAUACAAGGGAUGGAAUGAUUUUCUGAUUUUUUCCAAAUAUUAUGCAAUCACAGUGUUUAUUUCUUAAUGAAAGACAAAUCACGCUUUUUAUCUGCUUACACUGAUCAGGCAUAACAUUGUGACCAUCUGCCUACUAUUGUGUUGGUUCCAUCGAGGCAUGGACUCUACUAGAUCCCUGAAGGUGUGCUUUGGUACCAAGAUUUUAGCAGCAGAUCUCUUAAGUCCCAUAGAUUGCGAUGGGCCCCACCUCACAACUUACAGGACUUAAAGGAUACUUUUGAUAGAUACUGACCACUGCAGACUGGGAACACCCUAACAGGUGCCAUGAUGAGAUGAUCAGUCUUAUACACUUCUCCUGUCAGUGGUCAGGAUGUUAUACCUGAUCCGUUAACGUCCUUUAAAAUUUAAAGUGGCCAGCUAAACACUCGUUUUUGUUUUUGUUUUUGUUUUUGAAGUAAAGACACGGCGCAUGUCACCAGCACAAACUCUUCUUGUCCUAAAGACUCAGAAAGCUUAAAUUGACAGCAUCAGAGAGAAACUCCUUUCAUAAACGUCUCCACUUAAAACACUACAUCAACAUGUAAUGCAUGUGUGUAAUGCUAGUCCCUAUGUAAGUUGUCACUAUACAAACAAUAUCAUAUCAUAUUUCUCUGUAAGAAGUUGUUCUGGUGGGCUGAAGUUUCUCGGGACUGCAGCAAAGCAACACUAACGGGACAAAAACUAAACUAUGCUUUACUACAAAGGCCAACAUUAAUGCUGUUUUAAAUGCAGUGCCUCUCUAAAAAUCCUAACUUAAGUGUCCAUGGCCUGAAUUGUCCAGAAAGUUGUCCUUUCAAAUGAUUUAAACGAAUCAUUUCAAUUUAGAAUAAUUAUUAUCGGCUACUUUUGUCACUCACGCUUUCAUAGAAGAGGACAGAACAGCGUGUAAUGACGGAGCUACGUAAACACUACAUUUCUUCUACUUCGCUGGUUUUUAUUUCCCUUCAUUUUCACUUUUUCACAGAUUUUUCUUGUACAUUUCUAGUGCUGGAAAAAAAACAACAGGCCAUUUUUAAUUAUUUGAUUAUUUAUACUUAUGCCCAAUGUCUUAUUUUAUUCUUUUCUUUUCUUUCUUUUUUUUAAUCAAGUGUUUCUCCAUUUCAGAGUUUUGGUUGGUUAUCCCAUUUGUUUUAUUUUGUUAUUUUUGUGUGUGUGUGUAUCGUGGUGCCUUCUGGUCAGUAUGAAAUUGCAUGAUUUGAAUUGGGAAUAGUCGAAAUCCCAGUCAUUACAGUCAAGUGGGGUUUAGCAGUAAGCUUUAGGGCUUUCUUAAAGAAUUCAUGACGCUUUGAAUCUAAAAAAUUGGGCAAUUCUCCUCCCGUCACACACGACCCUUCGUAGCACAGCAUCGUAGUUUUUAGUUAAAGAACACAUUCCUUUGUUCCUAAAACAUAACCAUCUCCACAGAAGGCAAUUAUUCAUGUUUUAAUGAAACCUGCCCGUUUUCACCCAUGCCUCAAACACUAAUUUAUCCUGAUCCUCUCGUUAACUACAGCUCGUUAAGUGCCUUAUGUGUGUUGUGAACGGGUUUUUUUUUCUUUCUUUUCCGAAGCCUUUCUAAGUGUUUAUACAGAUUCAGCGUCACAUGUAAUAAGUCUUUACUGAGUUGCAGUAUUAUAGCCUUUGUUUUGAUUCUGAUACGGUUUACAAUUUACAUUUUGUUACGCUUAAUUAGAUGCUUUUAUCCAAAGUGACUUGGCUGAAUUGAGGCUGAGGCUGGGCGGAGCCACACAGCAGUGUGCCUGGGUUUGACCUUUCCACCUACCGGUCAUCUGCUCAAAGGCUCCAGCACUGAGCUGUUCCACAUACUGACGUCUCUUAUGUGUAGUGAAUUGAAAACUAAUUCACAAAUAAUAAAAAAAAUACAAGAUGACUUUUUAACAAGUGCUUUGUGCGUGCCUUUAAU